ACCCGAAAAUUGUGCCACACACGCGUCAAUAAUAUCACCAUUGCCGAUCAAUGUAAAUGAUGCUUACAUUAAACCUCCUCCGGGAGUUGACCGGAACUUGACCGUUUUCAUCGGGAUUCUGACCGUCGACGAAAAGAUCGAAAUAAGAAAAUAUUUGCGCGAGAUGUACGCGCGUAAUAGUGAUGCCCUGGCACGGUAUCUUGGUGUUAGAGAAUCUCCUGUUACAAUUAGAUUUGUGACAGGACUACCGCGGGGUGAAUACGUAAAAAGGUUAAAGAAAGAGUCCAAAAUGUAUGGGGAUAUAGUUAUGUUGAAUAUCACAGAGAAUAUGAAUAAUGGAAAGACUCUAGAGUUCUUUGAUUGGUUUGCCAAAAAUCGGAAGGACGAUUACAUGAUGAAAAUGGACGAUGACAGCUUCGUUCACCUUAUUCAUCACUACCGCGACCUACAAGACUGCCCUAAUGCCUAUGGUCGCCUUUUUACAGGUAUGGGUUAUACGAUCUCUCGUGAUCUUGUCAUGGAUGUUGUCAAAUCAGGAUGGGUUCGUUCACAUACAAGGGGUAAUGAGGACAACGUGGUAGGCCGCUGGAUAUGCGAAGUGGCAAAAGAAAUUAAGUAUUUGGUACAUUAUGUGGGUUUCACCCACCGCGGCUGGCCAAAAAAUUUGUUUCGGAAUUUUCGCGAAAAUCCUUUCCACGACGUUGGUAUUGACGCCAAGAAUGCUGACCCCCGCUUUCCCGAUGAAUCCAUAAUACUCCACCGGCUAAAGAGUGUUGAAGAAUUUAAGGUUAUUGAAGAUGUAUAUUUUUACAAGGAAGAUCUUUCUAAACUUAGAGUCAUUCGAAAUUCGACGACUGCGGGUUUAAUUACGAAGAAGGAGCUUUUCCAAGGAUGCUGGGUCAUGACCGAAAAAAACCAGACCUGGGCUCAAGCGCUUAAUUGGACUCAGGCGCAAGAUAUAUACAAGAAUUGGUUCUAUGAAGC